UUCGAAGAAAGUCACCCAAAAAUACACUCUUUUUCCAGGUUUCUGAUUAAGGUUAUUUAUCGUUCUUUCCGGAACUUCCCCACACACGUGGCUGAAGUGACCGACUCGAAGUGCUCACGCAAGUGCUAAAUGCUCGGUCACCGGUAGCUCAUCAGCCUCAACAGAAAUUGUCAGACUGCGUGAUCUGAGAUGAGACUACUAAUCGGAGAAGCUUUCAUAUAAGACUCCCGUUGACAUGUCUGAGUCUGAUAAAGUAGUAGUUGAGCAAUUGAUAUCUUUGGUCGACGCUUCUUCUACAUUCGCUCCGCCGUAAAGUCCAACGAGGUCUCGAAUACUGUCCACAUUUAUACUUUCUUCAAUUCAUGAUCGAAACUCCGCUUGUCGUUAGCUCAAACAUACACAAUGGCAGUCAUGACCCGGAAGCGUACAGCGAGCAGCGAGCUCUCAGACGACACGAAACCCAUCAAGAGUCCUAGAAGCCCCCGCAUUCGACUCGUGCACAUUCCCACGAAAUCGAAACCAGCACCAUCAUUCCUUGGCGACCAAACGAUUGUCACAAUCGAGCUCCAAAGUCCAGCAGAGACAACCAACAUUCCCGUACAUAAAAACUUCAUAACUCACUACUCACCAUUUUUCGCUUCUCACUUCUCUACGUCCGACCACCUCACAAUUGCCAAUAUUUCGCCGUCAACAUUCAACAUCUUCAUCUCAUGGCUCUACACACAAACCAUUUCACAACCUCACCAAUUAUCGCACCCAGAUAUCAACGUCCUGAUCUCCCUCUGGCUCCUCGCAGACCACUUCCUCGUAUCAAAACUACAGAACCAAAUCAUGGCUAUGAUCUUCGAUAAAUCGUUCUCGGGAUACAUCAUUCGAGAGACUUUGAUUGGUUGCCAAGGGAGAUGCUGGAAGAGGUGUUGGUGGAGGUCAAAGGGUGUGGAGGAGAGGUGAGAUGUAGGAGGAGAGUGGAAGAGUUUCUGAUUCCUGAGGAAUGUUGAUCAGUUCGGAACAUUGCUCAAAGAUGAUCAAAAACGGCGGAGUAUCCGCUCCAGAGAUGCGAACUUUGUACAGUUGCAUAUUUUCAGGCGUUAUGGGCACUAGAGGCGGGCGUUUCUUUCGAUACCCGGAUGCAAACUUA